CUCCCCCUCCCACUCCCCGCUCCUCUCUCUGUAGCUCGCUCGAGCCUCUCUUCCCCCUCUCGCGCUCAGCCUUCACGAGUUCUCCUCCCGAAACCUGUGCGCGAGGCGGCCACUGAAGCGCGAGGCGAAUUUGGCCCCCCUCUCUCUCUCUCUCUCUCUCUCACUCUCUCUCUCUCUCUCUCCCUCCCUCUCUCACUCUCCAGCUCUCUCUCCCCUUCUUCACUUCAGUCAACAUGGCUACAGUUGUAACCUCGACCAGAUUCACAGACGAAUAUCAGCUGUAUGAGGAACUCGGAAAGGGUGCCUUCUCAAUCGUCCGCCGAUGCGUCAAGAAGUCCACCGGCCAGGAGUAUGCUGCUAAAAUUAUUAACACGAAAAAGCUCUCAGCCAGAGAUCACCAGAAACUGGAGCGGGAGGCAAGAAUCUGUCGUCUGCUGAAACAUCCAAACAUAGUGCGACUCCAUGACAGCAUCUCAGAGGAAGGCUUCCAUUACCUUGUCUUUGACCUUGUCACUGGAGGAGAGCUGUUUGAGGACAUUGUUGCUAGAGAGUAUUACAGCGAGGCAGAUGCCAGCCACUGCAUCAAUCAGAUCCUGGAGAGCGUCAGUCACAUCCACCAGCAUGACAUUGUGCACCGGGACCUCAAGCCAGAGAACCUGCUCCUGGCCAGUAAGAUGAAGGGAGCAGCGGUGAAGCUUGCAGAUUUCGGUCUAGCAAUCGAGGUGCAGGGGGACCAGCAGGCAUGGUUUGGUUUUGCAGGAACUCCAGGAUAUCUGUCCCCAGAGGUGUUGAGAAAGGACCCGUACGGAAAGCCAGUGGACAUAUGGGCAUGUGGUGUGAUCCUGUACAUUUUGCUGGUGGGCUACCCUCCCUUCUGGGACGAGGACCAGCACAAACUGUACCAACAAAUCAAGGCCGGAGCAUAUGACUUUCCUUCUCCAGAGUGGGACACGGUGACCCCUGAGGCCAAGAAUCUGAUCAAUCAGAUGUUAACGAUUAACCCUGCCAAAAGGAUCACUGCCGACCAGGCCCUUAAGCAUCCAUGGGUCUGCCAACGCUCCACUGUGGCUUCCAUGAUGCACCGCCAAGAGACUGUGGAGUGUCUGCGCAAGUUCAACGCCAGGAGGAAACUUAAAGGAGCUAUCCUCACGACGAUGCUGGUGUCCAGGAACUUUUCAGUGGGACGGCAGCAUACCAGCCCUGCCGCUACCACCAGCACGGCCGCAAUGGCACAGGAAGCAUGCAAAACCUUACUAAACAAAAAGUCGGACGGCGUGAAGUCGCAGGGAAACAACAGUAAAAACAGUGUAGUAAGCAGCAGCAGCACCAAAGACAGCAGCAUGUCAUCUUCAGCACCAAUGGAAGCCCAGACAACUGUCGUUCACAACCCAGCUGACGGCACCAAGGGCUCCACAGAGAGCUGUAAUAACGCAGAAGAGGAGGAAAUGAAAGGUAGGAAAGCGGCUGUCUGUGAGUCUUCUAGUUCAGACAGUGCAGUGUUAAGCCAGUGCAGCACCACUGAGGAACAGACCUUGUCUCCUCACUCCCCGCCACCCCUCUCUCGUCCUCUGCAGGAGGCUGCUAGCAGCCCCAGUGUCCCUCAGGCCAGUCCAGCUCAGAGCUCCUGUCCUGAACCAGAGUCCGCUCUGUCGCCCCCAGCAGGCAGCAGCAACAAACUGCAGCAGACUCGUAAACAGGAGAUCAUAAAGAUGACAGAGCAGCUGAUUGAAGCCAUCAACAACGGGGAUUUUGAGGCUUACACGAGAAUCUGUGACCCUGGACUGACUUCUUUUGAGCCAGAGGCUCUUGGAAACCUGGUGGAGGGCAUGGACUUUCACAAGUUCUACUUUGAGAACUUGCUGAGUAAAAACAGCAAGCCAGUGCACACCACCAUCCUCAACCCCCAUGUGCAUCUGAUUGGCGAGGAUGCCGCCUGCAUCGCCUACAUCCGUCUGACGCAGUACAUGGACACCCAGGGCCGGCCGCGCUCCUGCCAGUCGGAGGAGACGCGCGUGUGGCAUCGCCGCGAUGCCAAAUGGCUCAAUGUGCACUUCCACUGCUCAGGAGCACCAGCUGCACCCCUGCAGUGAACGGACAACUCAGGCCCAGCUUUGCCUGAACUCUAAAGCUGUUUGGAGCAUUUAUUCUCCGUGGUCGGAUUGGUGCCUGGAUCCUAGCCGGGAAGAGGCUGCUUGGAAAGUUAAAAAAAAAAUAAAUAAAUGGGGAAAAUACAUUAUAAAUUUAAAAAAAAAAAAAAAAAAGCAUAUUUCAAAAGCCUGACUGAAUGACCGACCACACCGACCAACACCAAUCCAGUCAAACCCUAGGUUAGAUGAGGUUUGGGGCCCGGCUGAUGUCUGGUGCCCCUUCUUACUGAUGGUGCAUGCUUCUGGUGGCGACACAGGGGUGAUGCCGUCUCUCCCGUGCCCUUUAUUUCCCCGUCUUUGUUUUGUCUGCUGUCUGGAAAAGUAUUAAAAUGUUAAAAAAAUAAAAUAUAUGAAAACAUGUACACUUCACACACAUAGUGAGUAUAGAUUGUGGAAAAAUUAGAUUUUUUUUUAAGCGCAGCAGAGCAUCUACUUUAAUAGAAGUUUUGUUUGUUUUACAGUUAACAGAUAUAUGUGGGUGGGGGGUUAUGGGAACGGGAGCAACUAAUAUCUGCUUAAUAUCAGAAUUUAACACAUUUCAUGUGUCAGGUUUGAGCAUCUGCACACAAUGAUUGAAAGGGGGUCUAGGCGUUGUGAUACGUUACUAAAGGGGACCUUUAUUUUUAUUUCAUCUUUUUGUAUUAUUAAGCUGUUGGUUUUUAUCUCUUGAAUGAUGUAUUUUAAAGUAUUUUGUGUUGAAAAGGGAUCAUUUUUAAUCAAAGGGGGUUUUAUUUAAUAAAUGUGUAUAAACAGAUAUUUAUAUAGGAGAAAAGGAGGGAAACAUGGUUUACUUUCAGGGUGUAGGGAGGGUUAAGAGUUCAAGCAUGAGAGUGUGUCUUUUUUUUGUUUUUCAGCGUUGAAGAGGUGUAAAUACAAACACACAUCACCCACUUAAGGUUUCCUGUGCUCCAGCCUUUAGGGUUGAGCCUCUCUUGAGCUUUUUAGACACAACGUCCAGGCCAGCUCGUCCUGAAGAUGCAGGCGGCCUCCAUCUGUCCACCCUGCAGUGUUUGGAAACGAACACCAGGAGGCACCGUCAGUCAAAGUCUAAAGCUCCUCGCAUCUCUGAACUACCUUAUCUUAAAGCACGGACACUCUCUCACUGUCUUUUUAAGUUUUUAGUCUUUAAUCUGUUUUUGUGUAUUUUUGACGUGAAGCAUGAAUUAUUUGAACUGUCUGAUGACACUUAAGACUCGAUGCUGUUGCGUUCACUCCUCUGACAGAGCGAACCUUUCUGCAACUUCAGCUUACGCGCGCCAAAUCCCUUCCCUUCCACCCUACCUCUGCCCCCUCAACUUCCAUCAUUCCUGCCUCUUCACAUCUGUUACUCUUGUGACCUUCACUAACCGGGCCCCAUCAUUGUCUUAGUAGCACCACUCUGUGUGAUGAUGACGUCGUCAGUCUUAUGCCUGUCUCCUGUUCUGAUUGUGUUCUUUAAAAAAAAAAAACUGUGUGUUGUCCGUCUUGGCUUGCUGUACUUCUGUGUGAAGUCCUAAAAAAGCAUGUUAAAAAGGGACUGGACAAAACAAAAAGAGAGGGCUAUGCUGGUUGGAGGGCUGUGGGACCCUAACGCUGAUGGCAAUCAAUGCUUUGGUCCCCUUUGUCACAGUUUCUGUUGUAAAUGUAGUUUUUAGUGUUUUGAUGUUGAUGUUUUUAUCAGUUGUUUUAGCAAGAACUAUGGUUGAAAUGAAUAGAGGUGGGGGACAACCCUUUUUUUACUGUCCCCUCACAUGCUGAUCACACACACCGAAUGCUGAAAUUGUGAGACAAAAACACUUAAUACACUCCUGUGGCUAAUUAUAUUAGAAUUCACAAUCAUAAAAGCACACGAGAUCAUAGAUUCUUCCUUUUAAAAGAGGACAAAACAUAUCUCUCUGUCAGUGGUUGAACUUUCCAGUACUGUCUUUUUUUCCUUGUGUGACUUUGUACCAGUGCAGGUGAGGGCGAGCCUUGCCGUGUGUCCUGUCUCUGUGCUACACUGCUCCAUAGUUAACUCAUGCUUUAAUCUGCUGGUGGUCACCCAAAAAGCUGAAACCAUGACGAUGAUUCAUAUCGUGUCUCUGUACGUACACUGACAGUCGGGCGGAUUUUUAAAAAAAGGCAACUAAAUGUUAAAUCAUGUGAGACCCCCCUGUCCUACUGUAUCACCCACCUGUGCUGUGACAUAUCAGACAUGCCAUGAAAACUGUGCCCCACCCCCAACACACACACGCUUUUUGCACCAUGAUGACGACGCGUUGUAUCAGUACUGAAACUAUGAUGUGAUGUUUUUUUUUUUAUGGAUCUAAAGUAGUUUUGUUUGUGCUGUGGGCUCUGGCCCAGUUGUCUGUCGAUUGCCACUGAUCAUUGUGUAUGUGUGAGUAUGUGUAUGUUUCCACACAGUCAUAGGGAUGUUUAGAAAAAAAGAAGAGGGAAACUGAUCUGAUUUGCAUUUUUGAUAGAUUUGAUAUGAAGCCAAAAUUGAACUUCACAGCAGACAUUUGUACAUGAUGUAGCAGGAAAAAGCACAAAAGAGUAAACAAAGGCUACAUCCGAGUGUGCGUAUGCCUUCUUCAUUGAGUUUGAGCACAUCAGUUAAGUCUGAUACAGAAUGAUCUUUGUUUUAAGUGAAAAAUCUUCCAGUUUUGACUGAGUGUUUAAAAAUAGGCAGCCCUUCACUUUUAGAAUUAGUUGUAUAACAGUGAUUCCCAACCUUUUUGUCUAACGACCCCUUAAAAUGAGGCAACAUCUCCUUAUAGAAGCUCAUCACAUAAGAGAUGUUCUCUUCUAAGAUCUUUUCCCCUGUCCUGUUAAAAGUUACAGCAGUGUGAUACGAUACACAUUCCUUCCACUGGUCACUUCACUGCCAUCAAAGACAAUGAGGAAGACGAUUACUAGCAAGUAAACCUAGAUGUAAACACUGCAGUUUUGGAGAGAAUCAGAUUUAUCUUGUGACCUGAGGUUGGGAACCACAGUUAUGUAGUUAAACCGUAACCAUGCCGUGCUUUUUGAGUCUUCUUUCCCCUCGUCCACCUCAGUAACUUCAGACAUGUUUCUUCAUAGUACUUUUAAAUCGGUCUUAAGCUUCUUCAAAACAUUUCCUGUUUGUUUUAACAUCUAGCCACGCAUGUAGUUCAUUUUUGAAGUAUUGGAAAAAUGAUAUUUAAAUUCAACAGCACCAUCUCUCUCUGCUGCUCUGAAUGAUCCACAGACUUGACUGAAUAUUUCAUGAAUAGAAAGCAUUUCCAGUGAGAACUGUUCAGAAUAACACAGCAUAUGUUUUUGGACCUGAUGCGUUUUGUGUAACUUGCACAUAAAAUCAAAACUAUCCGCGUGGCUAGAUAUCACCGGAGGUGUGAGAAAAAAACUGUUUGUUGUAAUUUGCAUGAACUGAUCAUUUAAGAACAGCACGGUUAAUUUCAUUUU